CACACACCUCCCUUUAUCCCCCCCUCUUCUCUUCCCCUCCCCCGCCUCUAUCGCUCCCACUCUCUCCCAUCAGCAGCAAGAGCAGAAGCAUUGUACUCAGAGACCAGCCAUUGAAUGUUCAAUUGAGUGACACUGAAAGCUUUUUAACUUCAGCCUCUAGAAAAAUUUUCCUGGCUACAUAUCCAUCGUUCUUCAUGCAUGGCAGAAGGAGACCUCAAGGAAAGGCUAUUUGCACAUGUCAUAAUAAGGAACCCCAGUGUUACCAACCUGCUGCUUCACCAAAAGCCUGUCUGAACUGGACCUGAAUUAAUCUGUUAAUGCUUUAGGAGAUUGCUGUCAACACUGAGCAUCAGAAACUGAAAAUUCAGGAUUCAAAACGGUAUGAAAAAUUAGACAAAUGCAAACCGUUUGUAUUGGUUUACAUUGCUACUGAGUCAAUUGGUAGUGAUUGUGUUUACUACUCAAAGAUCUGUGGAGUGGAUGGAACUGAAUUUUGCCAGUUACCAAUGUAAUUGUUAUUCAAGAUUCAUCUAUAUUUUCACAAGUGAAACACUAAGUUGAAACUAAGCAAGGCCAUCACAAAUCAUAGCAACUACUGAAAAGAACACCACCAUUAACAUUACAUUUCCACGAAUAUAACAUUUACUCAACAUGGAGAGAAUAUAAAAAGAAGCAUUUCUCAGAACCAAUAUGAGAAGAAAGAGUGAUUAAAACAAACAAAAUAUUAAAAUGAUACUUUCUUGCUUUUAGGAAGAAUUCAUUUCAACUUCUCCGGCAUUUUAUCUAUACUUUUUUAUCUUUUUUUUUUUUUAAACUCUAUCCAGGAUCUUUCAUAUUGUACUUGGGCUGAGAUACGGAAAGAAGGGUGCAAGAAGAAUCUCUACAAGAAGAGCAUCUUGGUGGUUAAAAAGGAGCAACAAAAUAUUACACCCCCACCACUGACUACACAUCAGACAUAGUUUGCUUUUAAACAAAUUAAUGAUGAAUGAAGAAUGUGGCCUUCAUGGCAGGGACCUGUCAAAGGUUACAGAUGAGGAGAUGCUUUCACAUAGUAAGGAAGAAUUAGUGAGGAAGCUGAGGGAAGAAGAAGCAGAGAAAAUGUCUGCCCUUAUCCAAAGAGGGCGCCUAAUCAAAGAGGUUAACCGGCAACUACAAGGUCACUUAACAGAAAUUCGUGAACUGAAGCAAGUCAACCACCGUCUUCAGGAGGAGAACAGGGAGCUGAAAGACCUCUGCUGCUUCUUAGACGAUGACAGAUUGAAGAGUAAGAAGUUGGCUAGUGAGUGGCAGCUCUUUGGCUACCAUGCAGCCAAAGUACUGAGAGAGGACCUUGGUGGAUACCUGAAGAAACUUUCAGAUUUGGAGAGACGUCAAGAGGAACUCAUGCGAGAAAACUCCUGCCUCUCAGAGGUUUUCCUAGCCUUGGAGGAAGAUAGUGGGCCUAUAAGGCAUCACGCCAGUCCUGUGGCAGCAUCAGAAUUGAGUCUUUUACCCUGUGGGCCUAGAGACUUGGGAGAUGGGAGUUCAAGCACAGGUAGUGUGGGAAGCCCAGACCAGCUUCACGUUGUUUGUUCUCCAGAUGAUUAAAAUGGGAGGGGGUGAGCCUUUUACAGCUGUGAAUGUAUAUGGCCAAAAAAGGGGAAACUAUUGACCUUUAAAAUAGGACUUAAUCUCAGCAUAUUACAGGAGUAUUAACUGGGCUAAGAGGUAGUUUGAUAUCUGUGCCCUUAUAUAACUCUCUGUAAUAGAUUGGUCUCUGCCCUUUUCACUUUUAAUACCGAGAAGUUUGAGUUUAGUUUCUAUUAAUCACUCUUUGUGUGUGUGUGUGUGUGUGUAUGUGUGUGUGUGUGUGUAUAUAUAUAUAUAUAUAUAUAUAUAUAUAUAUAUAUAUAUAUAUAUAUAUAUAUACAUACACACACACACACACACACACACACACAGGAUACAGGUGUGUAUCCGCACUCUGACUUGAUUAAAUGGGUGCUUUAUCCAAAACUAGUAAAUAACGAUAAAGAAGAUAAACACUACAAAAAUGUUAUUAGUUAUGGUUUAUUCCACUGUGGUAUGCAUAUAUAUAUAUGUACACACACACACACAGAUAAGGGAUCAUGUGUCCCACCUCAAAUACUACUUGGGCACAUCCAUGCAAACCUCCCUUUUCAAUCAAAUGUCCUAACCAACUGGCAACUACUUUCAUUCUAACGAAUGCACAGCACCGUAGUGUGUGUUGUGAGAGAACACUGAAGUCUUCAUUUACUAGUGAUGUGAUCUAUGGUUUGCCAGCAUUUCCUAGAAUGGGAAGCCAUUGCUGGCAGUUUGGGAAGCGUUGAAUUUCUCCCAGGAUGAAAACCAGUGAUCAUAGCGUAUUUUUUUAAAAAAUCUCUUUCUCUUGGCAGAAUGUGUAAUAUGGGCUGUAGAGAUCAGUGUACUGUGACUGCAUGUAAUGACAGCCAGCAUUAUGGGACCUUACGGUAACGCUGAUUUUCUUGCUGAACCGUGCUGGCACGAAAAAACAUAUUUAGGUGGGAGAUCAUGAAAUACAGGUACAGCUCUGUCAAUUAACUCCUAUCUGUAUAUAUAUUGGCUAUAUAUAUAUACAGGCAAGAGACAGUUUACAUAUCUGCCCAUUCCCUUUUCACUGUAUAUAAACAUGUGAAAGACAGCUCAUUCUCUGCCCAUUCUCCCCUUUUUGUAUAUAUACAGGUGAGAGAAAACUCAUUCCAUUCCUCAGCCCAUUGAGAGACAGCUCAGUCUGUUUAUACAGGAGAUUUAUCCUGACUGACUCCUCUCUGACUCCUCUCUGUAUAUAUUCAGCUCAUAUUUGUAGGUAAGACAAAGCUGUCUCUGCACAUGUAAAGCGGUUAAAUAAAUAAAUAAAUGAAUAAAUAUAUAUAUUUGGGAA